UGAAGCCGCCCGGACCGAGCCGGGAGCGCCCCGGGAGCAGCAGCAGCGGCCGCGGCGGCAGCAGCAGCGCGAUGGCGGAGGAGCGGGCGCUCGCUAUGGUCACCUGCACGGCCCCCGUCAACAUCGCCGUCAUCAAGUACUGGGGCAAGCGGGACAAUGACCUGAUCCUGCCCAUCAACUCCUCCCUGAGCGUGACGCUGCACCAGGACCAGCUGAAGACCACCACCACGGCCGCCGCCAGCCGGGACUUCACGGAGGACCGGCUGUGGCUGAACGGGGAGGAGGCCGACGUGGGGCACCCCCGGCUGCAGGCCUGCCUGCGGGAGGUGCGGCGCCUGGCCCGCAAGCGCCGGGGCGGCAGCGCUGAGGACACGGCCCCGCUCAGCCUCUCCUACAAAAUCCACGUCGCCACCGAGAACAACUUCCCCACCGCCGCCGGUCUGGCAUCCUCCGCCGCCGGCUACGCUUGCCUGGUGUCGGCGCUGGCGCGGCUGUACGGCGUGGAGGGCGAGCUGUCGGAGGUGGCGCGGCGCGGCUCGGGCAGUGCCUGCCGCAGCAUGUGGGGGGGCUUCGUGCAGUGGCAGCGGGGCGAGCGGCCGGACGGCAGGGACAGCCUCGCCCACCAAGUGGCCCCCGAGAUGCACUGGCCGGAGCUCAGGGUCCUCGUCCUGGUGGUCAGCGGGGAGAAGAAGCAGGUGGGCAGCACGGCGGGGAUGCAGACCAGCGUGGACACCAGCCCCUUGCUGAAGCACCGGGCGGAGGUGGUGGUGCCGGAACGCCUGGCCCUGAUGAUGCGGCACAUUCGUGAGCGGGACUUCGAGGGCUUCGGGCAGCUCACCAUGCAGGACAGCAACCAGUUCCACGCCACCUGCCUCGACACCUUCCCCCCCAUCUUCUACCUCAACGACCUCUCGCGGCACAUCAUCGCCCUGGCACACCGCUUCAACACCCACCACGGGUGCACCAAGGUAGCCUACACCUUCGACGCCGGCCCCAACGCUGUCAUCUUCAUGCUGGCCGACACCGUGGCGGAGUUCGUGGAGGUGGUGAGACGCAGCUUCCCCCCCGCCACCAACGGGGACCAGUUCGUGCGGGGGCUGCCCGUCGGCUCGGCCUCGCUGCCGGAGGAGCUGCUCGCGGCAGUGGUGACGGAGCCGGUGCCGGGGGCCGUCCGGUACAUCCUGCACACCAAGCCCGGCCCCGGCCCCCAGCUCGUGGAUGACCCCAGCCAGCACCUCCUGGGAGCGGACGGGCUGCCCCGCCGCUGCGCCUGAGCCCCGGUGACACUGCCGGGGAUGGCCAUGAGGCACGGGGUUUGGGGGGGCUCUGCCGGUGCCACCUGGGGGGCUCAGGGCACUGAGUCCGGCCCGGUGCAAAGUUGUCCCCAGUCCCGGGGUGGGAUGUCACCCCCGGCGGCUGGUUUUUACUCUUUUGUAAGGAAAUAGAGGUUUUCUGGCUGCAGCGUUGUUUUGGGGUGUACGGGCUCCGCGGGCGGUGCUGGGGCAGGGCAAAAUGGUGGGGGGCAGGAGGGAGGGUGGUUCUUCCUUGUGGCUCUGCCUGGCCCUGCUGGGACUGAUCCUGUUCCCCAUCCCCCCAGAUGUCCCUGCUGGGACUGAUCCUGUCCCCCCUCCAUGGCCCCUGUCCCCCCGUGUCCUGUCCCCCUGGACAGCCCCCACGGCCCCACAUGGCCCCUGUCCCUUGGCCAUCCCCUGUCCCCCCCCAUCCCUCGCAGGACUGAUCCUGUCCCCAUCCCUCAGCUGGGGCUGGUCCUGUGCCCCUGCAAUACCCCUGUCCCCCCCAUGUCCCUUGUGGGGUCGAUCCUGUCCCCCUGCACCGGACUGAUCCUGCCCCCCCCCCCAUCCUCGUCACCCAAACAUGUCCCCUGUGCCCCCCUGUCCCCUGCAGGGCCGGUCCUGUCCCCGUACGCCCCUGUGCCCCGGUAUGACCCGGGGGACCCCCCAGCCUGGCCCGGGGCCGGUGCUGUGUCCCUUGGGGGGGCCGGAGCGGGUCCC